GAUGGCUGCCUUAGAGGCUGCUUCCCGCGACCAAGAUGAUACCCCACCAUCUCCAGACAACAACACGAAUGCACCAAAAGGCAAGCUUGAUUCCAUUAAGCAAGAAGAUGAGAUAAAGAAAGAGUAUAUGGAUGAAAAUGGAGACAACAGCCAGAUGGACACAUCUUCAGGAGGAGGAUCAGCGGGCAUCGGCAAAAAUGUCAAUAAAGACGGCACCAACUGCACUAACUCUGCAUUCAUAAAAACCGAACAAAUGGACACGGAUGACAGCGUUGGUAUAAAAGACGAGUUAGGUAUAAAAGACGAAAACACUACCAAUACAGAAGAAGGUUCAUCAUCCAGCACAAGUGGCCGGGGAGGUGACAUUAAACUGGAGAUCAAGACAGAAGUUAAGCCCGUGGUACCGGAGCCCUUAGUUCCCACUGGGGAAAAGAAGAAGUGUGUUUUCAAUCCGGAAGAAUUGAAAAGAGCCUUAUUACCAACACUAGACAAACUUCUUCGCCAUGAGCCUGAGUCGGUUCAUUUCAAGAAUCCCGUGGACCCUCAAGCCCUUGGCAUUCCCGAUUAUUUUGAGAUUAUUAAAAAACCAAUGGACUUGGGGACAAUAAGAAAUAAUUUAAUGAACGGAAUGUACAGUGAUCCCUGGGAGUAUGUAGACGACGUUUGGUUGAUAUUCGACAAUGCCUGGUUAUAUAACCGGAAGACAUCGCGAGUCUACAGAUAUUGCACGAGGCUCUCGGAAGUAUUCGAACAAGAAAUUGAUCCAGUUAUGCAGGCAUUGGGAUACUGCUGUGGACGGAAGUACACUUUCAAUCCGCAAGUAUUGUGUUGCUAUGGAAAACAGUUGUGUACCAUCCCGAGAGAUGCAAAGUACUACAGUUAUCAAAAUAGUCUAAAGGAUUACGGUGUUGCAUCUAACAGAUAUACAUUCUGCCAAAAAUGUUUCAACGACAUCAUCGGUGACACGGUUACGCUAGGAGAUGAUCCAAUGCAGUCACAAACACAAAUUAAAAAGGAUCAAUUUAAAGAAAUGAAAAAUGAUCAUUUGGAAUUGGAGCCGUUUGUAGAUUGCCAGGAAUGUGGCCGAAAACAACAUCAAAUAUGUGUUUUGUAUUUAGAAACAAUUUGGCAAGGUGGAUUCGUUUGUGAAAAUUGUCUAAAGAAAAAGAACCAAAAGAGAAAAGACAAUAAAUUUAACGCAAAGAGAUUGCCUCCAACUAAACUAGGUGUAUAUAUUGAGACCAGAGUAAAUAACUUUUUAAAGAAAAAGGAGGCUGGUGCAGGAGAAGUUCACAUUCGAGUUGUGUCCAGUUCGGACAAAUAUGUAGAAGUCAAGCCGGGUAUGCGACGCCGCUUUGUAGAAGCUGGAGAACUCAAUGCUGAGUUCCCAUACAGAGCGAAAGCUCUAUUUGCUUUUGAAGAGGUCGAUGGCGUAGAUGUGUGUUUCUUUGGAAUGCACGUUCAAGAAUAUGGCUCUGAAUGUCCGGCGCCCAAUACAAGACGAGUGUACAUUGCUUAUCUGGACUCGGUUCACUUCUUUCGACCACGUCAAUACCGUACCUCUGUGUACCAUGAAAUCCUACUCGGCUAUAUGGAUUAUGUGAAGCAACUUGGUUACACAAUGGCGCACAUUUGGGCGUGUCCACCGUCUGAAGGCGAUGAUUACAUUUUCCACUGCCAUCCAACCGAUCAGAAAAUACCAAAACCAAAGCGAUUACAAGAAUGGUACAAGAAGAUGCUCGACAAGGGAAUGAUCGAGCGAACCAUUCAAGACUACAAAGAUAUUCUCAAACAAGCUAUGGAAGACAAGCUUACCUCUGCUGCGGAAUUGCCCUAUUUCGAGGGUGAUUUUUGGCCGAAUGUACUAGAAGAAAGUAUUAAGGAGCUUGAUCAAGAGGAAGAGGAAAAACGCAAGCAAGCAGAGGCUGCCGAAGCCGCUGCUGCUGCUGCCAAUGCGAUAUUCUCAUUGUCCGAAGAAAAUGAUACAAGUAGUGAUGGCAAAAAGAAGGGCCAAAAGAAAGCAAAGAAAUCAAACAAGUCGAAGGCAGCUCAACGCAAGAAUAAUAAGAAGUCUAACGAACAACAAACAGGCAACGAUCUCACAGCGAAAAUUUAUGCCACUAUGGAAAAACACAAAGAGGUAUUUUUCGUCAUCCGCCUGCAUUCAGCGCAAUCAGCAGCAAGUCUAGCGCCUAUUCAAGAUCCUGAUCCAAUCCAAACAUGCGAUUUAAUGGACGGUCGAGAUGCAUUUUUGACAAUGGCACGCGAUAAACACUACGAAUUUUCGUCGUUGCGUCGAGCGCGGUUCUCAACACUUUCUAUGUUGUACGAGUUGCAUAACCAAGGACAAGACAAGUUCGUCUACACCUGCAACAACUGCAAAGCCGCCGUUGAAACAAGAUACCAUUGCACUGUUUGCGAUGACUUCGACCUAUGCACCGUUUGCAAGGAUAAAGUUGGCCAUCCACAUAAGAUGGAAAAAUUGGGUUUCGAUUUGGACGAUGGAUCUUCACCAGCAGAUCUCAAACAAGCAAACCCUCAAGAGGCGAGAAAGCAAUCUAUUCAGCGCUGCAUUCAAUCUCUGGUGCAUGCGUGCCAGUGCAGAGAUGCAAAUUGUCGGUUACCUUCGUGCCAAAAGAUGAAGCGAGUGGUUCAGCAUACGAAGAACUGCAAGCGGAAAACAAAUGGCGGCUGCCCGAUUUGCAAACAGCUCAUUGCGUUGUGCUGUUACCAUGCUAAGCACUGUCAAGAACCAAAGUGUCCUGUGCCGUUUUGUGCCAACAUCAAGCAUAAGCUCAAGCAACAACAAUUGCAACAAAGGUUACAACAAGCGCAAUUACUUCGUCGUCGUAUGGCUGUGAUGACAAGAACAGCGACGAAUCCAGCUUUCCCAUCAGGUGUUCCGGUGCCAGGUCCAAUGCCCGUAGCCCCAAUUAUUGCAGCCGGUGGUAAUCCGGGAGGAAUGAGUCCUCAUCAAGCUGUGCCAUCGCCUGUCUCAACGUCUUUAGGCGGAAUGAGCAGUCCUCACCAACAGGGAAUAGGAAUGAAGCCCGGCGGUCACUCUCCAUCGCCAAACGUCUUACAGGUGGUUAAACAAGUACAAGAAGAAGCGGCGCGACAACAAGUUCCUCAUGCUGGAGGUUUCGGAAAAGUUGCACCAGCCCCACAAAUGCCUCCUGCCGUAAUGCAACGCCAUCUGGGUGUAGUUCCUAAUCAACCCCAACAACUCCCCAUGGGAGGUGGACCGGUAGGUGGUAAUAAUCUUCUGUCCAUGGAACAAUGGGGCAACAGAUACCCCAACAACACCAACCAACCCAAUUUAAGGCCACCAAAUCAAAAUCAAGUUAUGCAACAAAAUCCAAUGCAACCACAGAAUAUGAUGGGCAUGGUGGCUGGUCCGUCAAAUCAGAUGGGUGGUGCGAUGAAUGUCGGAGUUGGAAUGCGACCAACUGGAGGUCAAGCUGGCCCACCCUCCUCCAAUGGUCCCCAAUUAAAUACUCAACAACUUUCCCAGAUAAUGCAAAAAAUUAAAAACAACCCAUCUAGUGAAGGUCACCAUCAAAUUCUACAAAUGUUGAAAUCGAAUCCUCAAAUAAUGGCGGCCAUCAUAAAGCAGCGCCAGCAGAGUCAGAAUUCUGGCGGGGGUGUCGCAGCUCUUAAUCAAGUAAAUGGACCACUGCCGCCUCAGCAGGUGAUGCAGCAAGGUGGUCAUAUGCAGCAUAUGAUAAACCAACAACAGCAACAACCCCAACAAAAUCAGGUUGUUAUGCCAAAUCAGCCUGGCGUGCCCCACAGCAGAAUGCCUACCGCCAUGCAAAACGCAAUGAUGGUUCAAGGAGGUGGCCAAAUUCAACAACAACAAGGGCCUGUACAAAAUAAUCAGUGGUAUAAGUCGAUGCAGAUGCGUCAGAUGCAAAUGCAGAGUUAUCCAGCCCCGCCAUAUCCCCAACGACCACGCGCACCUCAAAUGGGUGGUUUCCAAGGUGGUGGUGGCAAUUUCUCGCCUGACCAAUACGCAAUGCAGCAAGGCUUAAAAUCAAAUCAGCCUCAGGUGGGUGGAGUUGGUGGUGUUAUGCCAACCGGUCAACAUGUGCAGCAAGGCGUCCAAGGGAAUCCCCAUGUCAUGGGCCCACCGACCCCCUUGUCAAUGCAACAGCAGCUGAUGCAAUCGGUUCGGUCUCCACCUCCGAUUCGAAGUCCCCAGCCAACGCCUUCUCCACGUUCCGCGCCAUCACCUCGAGCUCAACCCUCCGCAUCACCACGAGCUCAACCAUCUCCUCACCACAUGCCAAGUCACUCACCCGCGCCUCAACCCGGUGACAUGCACAACCACAUGCACCCCCAUCAAUCACCGAUUCCCGGGGUUCCACAAGAUGGAGUCGGAGGUGUAGUUGGCCCUGGUCCUGAUGCGCCUUCAAUGACAGCUCAGGAUCAAUUAACAAAAUUCGUGGAACAACUCUAGUAUAAUUAGAAGUAGAUAUUUUUCUAACAAACAAAAUAACAACAACAAAUAUAUUUCUAUACAUAAAUGCGUACCAUUUAAACCAACCAACCAAACAAGCUAAAAAGAUAGAAAUGAUGAAUGAUACUGAGAGCCCUUAUCGAAAUUUUAUCACUUCCAUUAUAUGAAAAAGAAAAACAAAACAAAAAACAAGAGUUAUUGUAAAACGCAACUUAUUACUAUUAUCAUUCUACUGUAGUUAUUAUUAACUAUUAAAAUUAGUAAUAUGUUUUCCAACCCAAAACGUUCCCAUCUCCCGCUUCCCCCCUUAUCCACUCCAACCUCACACUCACCCCCACUCACUCUUUGCUCUUUAUAAUUAUAUAUGUAAAUAAAAGUACAUUAAGUAGUUUAUUAAGGGAACCACAAACCACAAUGUAUAAAUAAGAAUAUAAUUAUGUAUAAUUAUUGUAUACAUCGAUAGCAUAAAAAUAAAUGUAUACAGCAUAAAAAAAACUUAAAAAAAUGAUGACGUAGGUUAUAAGCAAAACCAAAAUGCGGAUUUCGGAAAUUCACCUUUUACAAAAAAAAAGAAAAGAAAAUACAAAAAAAUAAUAAUGUUCACUAUUUUUUUUUAUUUUAAUUUUUACAUCUGAUAUUCUUUUACUCUCUAAGUUCUUAGUUAAACAUUAAUUUUUAAAAAUCCAAUAAUUUACUAGCAAAAGAAAAAAAUAUAUAUAUAUUUAAAUAUAUCGUAAAAAAACUGCAACACUUUUUUGAAGAAAUACAAAAACAAACAAGAAGAAACUAACAACAAAAUUGUAUUUCGUGUUUACUAUUUAUGCAAUAAAACAUUUGUUUUUUAAUUAAUUUUUCUUUCUUCUUCAAAGUAGAACUUACAUUGUAAAAGAUAUAAACAUUAAGUGUAUAACGAAAUAAUAUUAACUGUAUAUAUAUAAAUUACCUUAUAUAUAUAUAUACAUCAUUCAUACAAGAAAACAGUAAACAAAAAUAAAAAUGCAUCAUGGGGUUACAUAAAAUAAUAAUAAUAAUAAUUAAUAAAAAUAAUUGAUGACGUGCUUUAUUUUUAAAAAAUGGGAUUAAACAAAUUUCAUGCUAAGUUAAAACAAGUAUAAAGUAAGAUUAUACAUUAAUUAAUAUAAAGUAAAAUAAAAUAAUUAAUAAACAUAGGGAUUAACGUAAUUUUAACGAGCCACGGUUUUCUUUUGAUACGAUAAAUAUAAUAUAAAAUAAAAUUAAAAAAAAAACAACAAUUGUUUUUCUUCUUCGUCAUCCUUUCGUCGUCGUGAUACAUGUCAAUGGGGGAGAAAAAGAGAAAACAAGGAAUCAACAAGCUAUGAAUAAAAUUAUCUUAAAUUGUAAUUUAUAAAAAAAUAAAUAAAAAUAUAUAUUGAAAUGCACUGUCUUGAAAAACAAUGUUAUAAUUUAUAAAAGAAAGAAAGAAAACGUUAGUAUCAAUAAGAAACAAAAAAAAAAUUAAAAAUAAGAAUUUAAUAAAACAAAAAAAAAACAAAAUGUAUGAUAGCGAGCAAAACAAAAGAAAAGAAAAUAAAAUUAUUAAAGAUUUAUUCCAAGAUUUUUGUGAUUAAGGCGGUGCGCGUCAAUAAAGAUUUAAAAAAUUAAACGAUUUCAAACCAGCAAAGAGCUAAAAACAAAUAUAUACAUGGUUUUGUAUAUAAUAUAAUAUAAAUGAAUAAUGAUUAUUUAUGAAAUGAAACAAAAAAAACUUGUAGUUAUAGAAACUUUAACAAAAAAAAGUAACAUCUAACUAUUAUUAAUAUCACACUGAGCACUUUAAUUUAUAAACGUGUGCACCGAAAUUUGCGUUUGUCAUCUAAACAAGAGAAGUUUUCUUAAUUCUUAGGCUACAUGUAGAUAAACUAAUAAAUAAAAAUAAAUUCAUGAAUACUGUAAGAUACAAAAUUUAAGCAAAAACAAACAAAACAAAAAUCGGUAAAUUAAAUAAAUGUUAAUAAAAAAAAACAUUAAUUCUAUAUUAUAUUAUAAAACAAAAUAAAAGAAAAACAAAAACAAACAAAAAAAUAGUAAAAAGGAGUAAAAAAUAUACCCCAGCUGAAAAAUUUAAUAAAAUAAAUAAAAAAAUAAAACUGCUGCUUGUUUUUAAAGAAGAACUUGAAGAACUGUUUGAGGGGACUUUAACAUACGACUUUAUACAACAACAACAAUAACAAAAGAAUAUCAAGUUAUUUUUUUUUUAAAUAUUUUUCUUUUUUCAUUAAAAUGACUUUGACUCGUAAGAAAAAACAAUCUGUAUGUCUUCAUGUCAUACACAACAAUCAUUUAGGGAAGUUACUUUAUUUUUUAAGAUAAUUAUUGUUUUAAUCCAUCAUAAUGUGUAUAUUAUUAUUAAUUAUUUUAUUUUUUUAAAUGUAAAGUGAAGAUAUUGUUUAUUUUAAUUUUUUCAUUUGAAUUUUUUUUAUAUAAAAAAUUUUUUUUAAACAAUAUUAGUUCAAUGUUAUAUAUAUAAAAAUUACAUCUAUAAAUAUUAUAUUAUUAUUUUAAUUUACUAAUAUUUCCUUUUUUUGGUAAUAUUUAGCCUCAUUUUGAGUUGAUUGACAAAAAGAACAUAAAAUAAUGGAACACCCAUUUACAUACGGAUACACAGUACAUACAAUUUAAACAAAAAAACAAAACAAAAAAAAAGAGAAAACUAAAAAUAGUAAUUAUUUUAAUGUGUAUGUUUAAUGUUAUUUUUCUCAUUUUUCCUCUGUAUAGAAAAAAAUAAUUCAUAUUUUAUAUUAAUUAAUAAAAUAAGAAAAUUACAUAAAUACAAAAAAAUUAAAUCAA